AUGGACGUCGAACAACAAAGGCUUGGAAAUAAAGAAGCGAGUGUUCCAGAAAUGGACUCGAACUCCGAUAUGUGGGCCAUUGAUGAGAAGGCUGAGAAGAAGCUCAUCAGGAAGAUGGACCUGUACAUUCUCCCUUUUGUGGUCCUCUUGUAUCUCUUUAGCUUUCUGGAUAGAGUCAACAUUGGAAACGCUCGAUUAUAUGGUCUGGAGGAGGAUCUGGGCUUGGUUGGUGACCAGUAUCAGGUCGCAGUGUCGAUUCUAUUCGUCACCUACUGUCUUUUUGAGGUACCCUCAAACCUCGUCAUAAAAAAGCUUACACCAUCACGUUAUAUUGCGGCCAUAGCAAUCAUCUGGGGCGUUAUAGCAACUUUGACGGGUAUAACCCAGAAUUAUGGCGGACUCAUCGCCUGUCGGCUGCUGCUUGGAGUUGUCGAAGCUGGUCUUUUUCCUGGCCUGAUGACGUACUUGACCCUCUUUUAUAGCAAGCACGAAAUCGCCUUGCGAACAGGUUACCUUUUCAGUAGCGCAGCGCUUGCUGGCGCAUGUGGAGGUCUCCUUGCUUAUGCGAUUGGUUUCAUGGACGGCGUCAGUGGACUUAAGGGCUGGCGAUGGAUCAUGAUCAUUGAAGGCAUCCCCACCGUCAUUAUCGGCAUCGCAACCUGGUUCUUUCUCGCGGAUGAUCCUGAGACGGCUUACUAUCUCAAUGCCGAAGAAAGAGCAUUAGUUGUCAAGUGCCGCAGUCGGCACUUUGGCCACACCGCAUCCGCCCAAAAAUUUCACUGGGCAGACGUCAAAGAAGGCGCACUGGACUGGAGGAUUUACGCCUUUUGUAUAGCGCAAUUUGGCGUUGACACUAUGCUCUACGGAUACAGCACCUUUUUGCCUACCAUCAUUAAGGGACUAGGGGACUGGUCCGUGCCCGAAGUUCAAGCCCUGACAAUACCCUGCUACGCACUAGGCGCCGUCGCAUACUUGAUCGUUGCAUGGUUCAGUGACCGUACCCAACGUCGCGGCCUAUUCAUCUGCGUCUUCGCGGCGAUUUCAGUAGUUGGGUACGGUAUACUCAUUUCCGACUCCUCGUCUGGAGUGCAUUACUUUGGCGCGCUUCUUGUUGCACUGGGUCUUUACGUCGCGGUCGGGCUACCUUUGGCCUGGUUGCCUACGACUCUUCCCCGCUAUGCGAAACGUACAUUCGCCACCGGCCUGCAACUUACAUUUGGCAAUGUCAGUGGGGUGAUGUCGCCGUUUCUCUACAAAACCGAGGAGGGGCCUCGUUAUGUGCGCGGCAACGCCGUGACUUUGGCGUUGGUUGGCUUUGCAGGGAUAAUCUAUGGGAUCAUGUGGGCUUAUUAUCUGUGGAAGAACAAGCGUAGAGAACAGGGUUUUGAAGACGAGAAGGCUGCUGGAAAGACGGAUGAGGAAAUUGAAGAGAUGGGCGAUAUGAGUCCUCGAUAUCGGUAUGCUGUAUAG